UCUGGCGCAAAAACUAUAAAUUUUCUAAUACUUUAUUAAAAUUAAUAUUUAUUUAGUAACCGAAGUUAAGGAUAUCCUCAAUCGAAUUAAUAACUCGAUUGGUUGAUGAAAUCUUAUAAAUCGUAUGACUAUAUUUAUUUCACGCCUUGAAACUAUGAAAAGAAGCCAAUAAUGUCUAGGAAUAUCCGUUCAUAUUUCACUGUUCAAAAACGUGAGACAAAAGUGAAGGAAGAAGACAGUGAUGAAAUACCAGAAUCACCAGAUGUUCAAAUUGUUAAUAAGAAAAAGCAGUCUCGAAAGAAACGACAAAUUGAAGAUUCUGAUGAAGAGAUAUUAACACCUAAAAAGAAAAAAACUGAUACCACACCACAAUCAAAACACCAAAAAAGUCCCAAAGCUUUAAAGGAAGUGACAAUUACAGAUUUAUUUGGUGCUGGAAAAAUCAAAAAAACCGAAGCUUUAGUUAUAAAAGACAAGAAAGGGAAGAAAACUGAAACUGGAAUACACUCAGAUGAUGAAUUUGAAAAGAGUUUAUUAGAAUUAGAUGAAAAUAAGGUACAAGAUUUAAAUAAAUCACAAAUAGAAAGUUUAUCAGGAAAAGAAAAAAUAAAUGAUAAAUCACAUGAAAUAGAAAAUAAGUCGAAGAAAUCUCAUAGAAAUGAAACUGACAAAGAAGUAGUAGAAGAGAAAAAACUAGAUACUAUUAAAAGUAACAAUAAAAGUAAUUGUGGCUUAGAUGUAUUGAAUAAUCAGGAGAAAUCUAGAGAUUUAAAAAAUAAAAUUCACAGUGAUCCUAGAACAGAAAAAAAAUUAGACAAGCUUAAACUGGAAAGUAAGAAAACUGAAUCAAGUAAAAAUGAAUCUAAAUGCAAUUACAGCGAGUUCCUUAGCAAUGAUGACAGCAAAGAUAGUGAUGACAGAAAAAGAAAACAUAAUACAAGUCUAAAUGAAUCUGUACUAAGUGAUGAGGAAAGAUAUGAAAGAAAAAGACAUUCAGCAGCCUUAUAUCAGAAAUAUUUGAACAGAUCAGGACCUAAACAUUUGGGUGCAAAAGAAAUACCAGAUGGUGCACCUGAUUGCCUUAAAGAUUGUGCAUUCCUUCUCACUGGUGUUUUGGAUUCCUUUGAAAGAGAAGAGGUGGUGGCAGCUAUUACAAAGUAUGGUGGCACCAUCAAAAAUUCUGUCAGUAAAAAGGUAACACAUGUUCUUGUGGGUGAUGAUGCUGGACCAGCCAAAACUGCGAAAGCUCAAGAACUUGGUAUAAAAAUUAUAAGUGAAGAUGACUUUUUAAAAAUGAUCAGUGAAUCUCUCAUCAAAAAAAUCAAAGUUGAACCAAAACCAAAUAAAGACAAAACUAUAAAAGAAGUUAAGAAAGACGCUAAUCAUGUUAAAUCAAAACUAAAAGAAGAGAAAGAAGAAGCGAAACAAAAUAAUCAUGAUAAAUUAAAAAGUAGAAAAGAUACAAGUAUUGAGAAAUCAAAGUAUUUUGACAAAGAAAAACAAAGUAUUAGUAAUGUUAAAGAAGAAAAAGUUAAAAUUGAAAAGAAUGAUGUCGUUGAUAAAGAUGAAAUUCACAAUGAUAAAAUCAUGAAUCAAAGUGAAGAUAAUCAAAGCAAAAUGUCAUGUGGACAGGACAUGACAAACCAGAAAAAUACAUCAGCACCAUCACUGAUGUGGGUUGAUAAAUAUAAACCACAGAGCAUAAAGAGUAUAAUAGGACAGCAGGGUGAAGGUAGCAAUGUCAAGAAAUUAAUUAAUUGGCUCACAAAAUGGUACACAAACAGAAAGGCAAAAUUGACGAAACCAAACCCUUGGGCGAAGAAUGAUGAUGGUGGAUAUUAUAAAGCAGCUCUCUUGUCUGGACCUCCGGGAGUUGGUAAAACAACGACUGUGUCCCUGGUAUGUAAGGAGCUCGGAUUCGACAUGGUAGAGUUCAAUGCAUCGGACACUCGCAGCAAGACAUUGAUUAAGGACCAAAUAUCAGAAUUGCUCACCACUACAUCUCUAUCAGGUUUCGCGAGAGGUGCAACAGGCAAACAAGCUGUGACCAGGAAACAUGUGCUUGUAAUGGACGAGGUUGAUGGCAUGGCCGGCAAUGAGGACAGAGGUGGUCUUCAAGAGUUGAUAUCAUUGAUCAAGGUGUCAUCGGUGCCGAUCAUAUGUAUGUGCAAUGACAGGAACAGUGAGAAAAUGAGGAGUCUUGUCAACUAUUGCUAUGAUUUGAGAUUCUCCAGGCCGAGGGUCGAUCAGAUCAAGGCAGCAAUGUUGUCUAUAUGUUUCAAAGAGGGUGUCAAGAUAUCUCCCGAUGUGAUGAGCCAGAUCGUGGUGUCAGCCAAUCAGGAUGUGCGGCAGACCUUGCAUCUACUGAGCAUGUGGAGUGCUGAUCCUAAUCUCAUGCAGUCAGACAACCUUCGAAGAGAGGCCGAUAAACUGAACAAAGAUAUCCGGAUGGGCCCGUGGGAGGCGAUCCGUAAGGUGUUCUCCGAGGAGUCUCACCGCAGCAUGAGCAUCAACGACAAGAGCGACCUGUUCUUCAGCGACUACAGCCUGGUGCCGCUGUUCGUACACGAGAACUACCUCAACGUGGCGCCGCACUGCCCCAAAAAUGAAGUGUUGGACCGGAUGAGUCGAGCAGCGGACAGUAUAAGUCAGGGAGACUUGGUUGACAAGCGGAUACGAUCCCAACAAGCCUGGAGCUUGUUGCCAUUGCAGGCGAUGUACAGUUCGGUGAUCCCUGGCAGCGUACUAUCAGGUCACGUGGCGGCUCAGAUUCAGUUCCCGGGCUGGCUCGGUCGCAACUCGCGCGCCUCCAAGAUGGCGCGACUGGCGCAGCAGAUACACGCGCACACCAGGCUUACCACAUCUGGUUCAAAGUCUUCAAUCCACCUGGACUAUGCGCACCACCUCAGAGAUGCAAUCCUCAACCCGCUGAUUGCGGACAAGAUGGAAGGCAUCGAGAAGUCGUUGGCUGUGCUCGAGGCUUAUCAUCUGCUGAGAGAAGACCUGGACUCACUCACCGAGUUGUCCCUGUGGCCGGGACAGAGAAACCCUAAUGUGCUCAUUGAUUCCAAGGUAAAAGCGGCAAUGACCCGCACAUACAACAAGCAAGCUAGUGCAUUGCCGUAUGCUCCUGGUGCUGUAAAGAAAACCAAGCACACCCAACAUGAGGGUGAUGAAGAAGCUCAGACCUAUGAUGACGAUGACGAAGAGAUGGAGCAUGACAGCGACCCAGAAAAUGAUGCUCUCAUCAAGAAAAAGAAAUUAAAACACAUUGAAAAGACAUCAAGUAAAGAAAAGCCAAAACAGCCAAUUAAAGGAAAGAAAAAGAAAUAAGUAUUUGACCUGUGAUUGUUACUUACUGUUUAUUUUGAUCAUGUUAAUUAAGAGACAAAAUUAAAGUGUUUAAUGUAUGAAAAGUA